AUGUCUUUUGAGGACCUGCUCCAGCCCACUUACAAGGGGAAGUCGCUCACGGACCCGAUAGACACGGCAGAGGACAAAUGGAAUCUGUUACCUGCUUUUUUGCAAGUGAAAGGGCUGGUCAAACAGCAUCUGGACUCCUUCAACUACUUUGUGGAUACAGAUCUUAAGAAGAUCAUCCAGGCAAACGAGAAAGUGUUGAGUGACGUUGAUCCGGAGUUUUAUCUGAAGUAUCUGGACAUCCGUGUUGGAUACAAGAGCGGAAACAAGGCCAACGAAACCGAGGUGUUGUUACCACCGCAUGAGUGUAGACUCCGUGAUCUCACUUAUAGUGCCCCGAUUUAUGUCGAUGUCGAGUACACAAGAGGCCGCAAAAUCAUCAUCCACAGAGACCUGGAGAUCGGUCGUAUGCCCAUCAUGUUGCGGUCCAACAAGUGUAUUUUGAACGGACGUAACGAGACCCAAAUGGCUUACUUGAACGAAUGUCCUUUGGAUCCGGGUGGAUAUUUCAUUGUCAACGGUACCGAAAAGGUGAUUCUUGUUCAGGAACAAUUGAGUAAGAACAGAAUCAUCGUUGAGGCAGAUGAAAAGAAGAACAUUUUCCAGGCGUCUGUCACAUCCUCUACACACGAAAGAAAAUCUAAAACUUAUGUGGUCACUAAGAACGACAAGAUCUACCUGAAACAUAACUCGAUCAGCGAAGAGAUCCCGAUUGUGAUUGUGCUCAAAGCAGCGGGUAUAAUUUCUGAUCUUGAGAUUCUGCAACUUGUUUGCGGUAACGAUUCUGUUUACCAGGAUCUGUUUGCGGUCAAUUUCGAAGAGGCCGCCAAACUCGGAAUCUACUCCCAGAAAGAAGCCCUGGAGUACAUUGGACGCAAAGUGAAAACCAUCAGACGUUUGAACGCUCCAAAAUUGAGCAUCAUCCAAGAAGGUAUCGAGGCAAUUGCCACCACCAUCAUUGCACACAUUACCGUGGAAAACCUUGACUUCAAAGAAAAAGCUUUGUACAUAGCCAUCAUGACCAGAAGGGUGGUCAUGGCGAUGCACAACCCGGCUCUCGUCGACGACAGAGAUUAUGUCGGUAAUAAGCGUUUGGAACUGGCCGGACAAUUGAUGUCUUUGUUGUUUGAAGACUUGUUCAAGAAAUUCAACAACGACUUCAAAGCCAACCUCGACAAGAUCCUAAAGAAACCCAGCAGAGUCUCCGAAUUCGAUGCUUUAUUGCACAUCAACAUUCACUCCAGUAAUAUCACCACCGGUCUGAACAGAGCCAUCUCUACCGGAAAUUGGUCGCUCAAGAGAUUCAAGAUGGAAAGGGCAGGUGUCACACACGUUCUUAGUCGAUUGUCGUACAUAUCUGCGCUGGGAAUGAUGACCAGAAUCUCGUCCCAGUUUGAAAAAUCCAGAAAGGUGUCCGGACCCCGGGCUUUGCAACCAUCUCAGUUUGGUAUGCUUUGUACCUCCGAUACACCAGAAGGAGAGGCUUGUGGUUUGGUUAAGAACCUUGCAUUGAUGACUCACAUCACCACCGACGACGAAGAAGACCCUAUCAAGCGCCUUUGUUUUCUUCUUGGUGCAGAGGACAUCUCCAUCACAGACAGUUCCACUCUUCACACAAACGGAACAUUUGGUGUUUACUUGAACGGUACAAUGAUUGGAACCACCCGGUUCCCAGGAUCGUUUGUUGCCAAGUUCAGACACCUAAGAAGAACCGGAAAGAUUUCCUUCUUUGUUUCCAUCUUCACCAACGUUCAUCAGGCAGCCGUUCAUAUUGCUGCAGAUGGUGGCAGAAUUUGUAGACCGCUCAUUAUUGUUGAAGAUGGAGUCUCAAAGGUGAAAAGCGAGCAUUUACGGAAACUGCGCGAAGGCGAGUGGUCGUUCGACGACUUCUUGAUCAACGGAUUGGUGGAAUACCUUGAUGUGAACGAAGAAAACGACUCAUACAUUGCACUUUACGAAAAGGAUAUGGUUCCAGGUAUCACGCAUUUGGAAAUCGAACCCUUCACUGUUCUCGGAGCAGUUGCGGGUCUUAUCCCAUACCCUCACCAUAACCAGUCUCCAAGGAACACUUAUCAAUGUGCGAUGGGUAAGCAGGCUAUUGGAGCAAUUUCAUACAACCAGUUCAGAAGAAUUGACACUCUGUUGUAUUUGAUGUGCUAUCCUCAGCAGCCAAUGGUGAAGACCAAGACCAUUGAGCUGAUCGACUACGACAAGCUUCCGGCCGGACAGAACGCAACGGUUGCCGUGAUGUCUUAUUCUGGAUACGAUAUCGAGGACGCUUUGGUGCUGAACAAGGCGUCGAUCGACCGUGGGUUUGGACGGUGUCAGGUUUUGCGUAAGACCACCUCUGUUCUGAAACGGUAUCCCAACCACAGUAAGGACGUUCUUGCGGGAAUGAGAGUCAGAGAGGACGGUAAACCAAUUUUCCAGCACGAGGCCCUGGGUCCGGAUGGUUUGGCCGAAGUUGGUGUCGAGAUACAAAGUGGUCAAACCUAUAUCAACAAGUGCGUCCCUACAAAUGCUACGGAGAGUGUUGUUGGUGGACAACCAACGAUCAACCAACAGCAGCAGCACAGAGAAACUCCGGUCAAUUACCGUGCACCAGUGCCAAGUGUUGUUGACCAGGUGAUGAUGUCUGUUAGCGACAACGACCAGGCCUUGAUUAAGGUUCUUUUACGCCAAACCAGAAGACCAGAGCUUGGAGACAAGUUCUCGUCUCGUCACGGACAGAAAGGUGUGUGUGGAAUCAUUGUGCAACAGGAGGACAUGCCGUUCAACGACGACGGAAUCAGUCCCGAUAUCAUCAUGAAUCCGCACGGAUUCCCUUCGCGUAUGACUGUCGGCAAGAUGUUAGAGCUUGUUUCCGGUAAGGCUGGUGUGUUAGACGGGUCUUUGCAGUACGGAACCUGCUUUGGAGGAUCCAAACUGGAAGACAUGUCGCAGAUCCUGAUCGACAAGGGAUUCAACUACAGUGGAAAGGAUAUGCUUUACAGUGGAAUCACCGGAGAAGCUUUGCAAGCCUACAUUUUCUUUGGACCGAUCUACUACCAAAAGUUGAAGCACAUGGUGGUUGAUAAGAUGCACGCGAGAGCCAGAGGUCCUCGUGCUGUUCUGACCAGACAACCUACUGAAGGACGUUCCAGAGAUGGAGGAUUGCGUUUGGGAGAGAUGGAAAGAGACUGUGUGAUUGCAUACGGAGCUUCUCAGCUGCUUCUGGAAAGACUGAUGUUGAGCUCGGAUGCGUUUGACGUUGACGUUUGUAACUCCUGUGGACUGAUGGGCUACAACGGAUGGUGUCCGUCGUGUAAGACGAGCGAGGGAGUGAUCAAGAUGACCAUUCCAUAUGCUGCGAAAUUGCUGUUCCAAGAGCUGAUUUCGAUGAACAUUGCGCCAAGAUUAAAAUUGGCGGACGUUUUUUAG